AUGGUAAAAAAUAUUCUUGCUAUCGGUAAGACUGGUCUUGGAAAAACGACUAUUUGCCGUUUACUUUGUGAUCCUAACGUUACUGGCUCAGAUGGUUCUGAAUCAGCAACAGAAAAAGUAGAUAUUCAUGAAGGAAACGGGGUCCGUUACUUUGAUACUCCAGGUUUUGACGACACGCAUGGAAAAAGUGACGAACAAACCUUUUACGAAAUUUUGCGUCGGUUCCAAGGCCUUAGUAUAAAUAAUCAAUUCCAGGUGGAUGCCAUUUUAUGGUUUUGUGAAACAAAUAUACGCGCAUUACAAUCAUUUAAAAAGGAGGCCAAGUUUAUGCAAAGACUUAUAGAAUAUACUGAUUAUGCUAAUCCGGUGGAUUUUUGGAGUAGUGUUUUGAUUGUAUUUAAAACACAACAUUCAGAGGAAGGACCGAAAAGGGCUGCCAUGGAAAUUUGCAAAGAAUAUUGUGAAAAUGAAUUUGAAAACGACAAAUUCUUGAUCGAUAGUUUUCCAUGUUAUAUUAAGGACCUUAACCCAGAUGACGGUUCGAAUGAUUUUCAACGUUCAUGUAGUGGUUAUUUUCAAUCUCAAGUCAGCGAAAAACUUAGUAAAAUGAUUUCAAAACGCAAACCAAUUAAGAUUUUCUUCAAACAAGCAAGAUGUAAUAAUUGCAAUGCAAAGAAUGAUCCUAGGCUUUUUGGUGAAAAAUGCCAUAGUGAACCAAUCCUACGUCAUCAGAUAGAAUAUGAAUUUUACCACAAACAGGAGCUUGGGAAAUAUCACAGUGGUGAAAUUACUCAUAUUCACAUAGAACAUGAAGAAACUACUACGGAACGUAUAAUGAAUGGUGCAGCAUCUUAUUUUAUCUCAUCAUGGGGAAAAGCUGCGAUGAAGGGACUUAGGGAAGCGAUUAUGGAAACUAAGGAAACUAGUCAACAUUAUGAUGAAGAUAAUUUUGGUUAUUUACUGACUAAUAUCAGUGAUCUUCCUUCGCAUUUCAAAAAGGGUGACGUCACGUGCGACAACUGUAGUAAAUCAGUAAAUGAACGGGGAUGCAUUAAAAAAUGCGAUCAUUGCGAAGAUAAGAAAAAGAAUGUAUGUAUUAAAAACGAGGAUAUAUGUAAAGAUGGUAAAAUAUGUAUAGACUGUAAGAAAAAUGAACAGGAGGGAUGUAAAGAAGGAUAUCUUUGUUGCAAGAUGCCCAGGGGCGAUAGAGGGUGUCAACUGCGGGAGAUAUGCAUAAAUUGUGAGGAUGUAAAAUCGCAGGGAUGCGCAAGAUACUGCAAAUCAUGUGGAAAAAUCUGCUCAGAGAAUCCUGGUUGUUUACGAUUAGAACAUGAUCCCGUAUUAGAUCAGUAA